UUGUUGUUGACUGUUACAAACGCACUAUGAAUCAAGACUUCUUACUGUUCACGUUCUGGUAAAUACAUUUUGAAAUUUCCUUCUGUUUUGUGGAGAGUCUCUAGAUUUAAGUUGCCUCUUACCAGUGAUUUAGGAUAAACUAAACCUAACCCCAUCCUGAGCAGUGAUUACAUGAAGUGAAAAGCAAAACUGACCCUAGAUCUGUGUCACAGAGGUAAAGGGCUGUCAAUUUUUGGUUGUGCCAGGGCUAGGACCUAUUUAGCAGGAAUAAUGGUUUAAUGCAGACCACAAUGUUACCUGCCAUUGGACAGUUCUGGUGUUAUGAGACUUAUGGUUUCUUGACACAGAGGAUUUGUUUACAUAACCGGUUAGGAUAAUUCACACGGCAGGUUAGGAAAAUGGUUAUGCGUAGACACAACGCUACAGUUGUCAACAACCAUUAUCCCCGGCAAACAAGCCACAGACCAAUGGCGAGCAUCAAUGGGUGUCUUCUUGAUAACAAGAAACGCCUAUAUCAGAAAACGCCCCUAAUUGCGGUCUGCCAACGCAACAUCGAAAUCCCUAGGUAAAAUCGCGAGGAUAGGUCGCGGACUGGAGAAAGUCCACAUGGAAAAAUGGUGGCUACUCGAGUAGGGUUUGCAUUACAGCGGACAGUUCAACAACAGUAAAUCUUGAUAUUGCAGUCUACAUACGUUGAAGAUACACACAACGACAAAGUCAACGGAGUCCGUUGAUUUAGGGACCGCUGUUUUUGCAGUUGAGUUUCCAGCUGGUGCAGCUGGGUGACUUCACACGGACCAGGUGGAGGCGGAGCCACUUAAACCAGAAAUGUCGGAGAAGGUGCAGAAGGCCUUCAGGGUGCAGCUGUCCUCUGUCAUGGACUCCCUGCUCACAGCUGCGGUGUGUGAGAUUGCCAAGAUCUUUGAGGGCAGUCUGAAUGAGCAGCAGGAGGAGUUGACACAGAAAGGAGAUGAGAUCUCUGCAUUGAUGGAGAAGCUGAAGCAGGCAGAGAGGAGGUUGAAGGAGGGAGCAAAAGGAGGAGAGGACCUGGACAAUACCUCUGGACAAACAGUCUCUUCCGUGAAGGCAAUUUCUGAGAUGGAAGUAUCCGAUUGGUGCGAGCCCCUCCAGUCAGAAGAUUCCUUAAUUCCGCCCUCAAAGAUCAAAAAGGAAAAUGAGUGGUCAUGCGUGGACCUGCGACCACUGAGCGUGUCUCUAUGGCGCAUCCCUAACAUCAAAAUGGAGCAGGCUGAAGAUUUUGAUAACCACCUGCUGACGGCCCUAGCCAGGAGUCCUCCACGAAAAGGGUUGUUAAACAGACGGCUAAGAGACUUACCUGAACUGAGUGCGACCGGGUCAGGGUACGGUCCUGUUUCACUGGGACGUGGUCGGGGCCAGGGGCUGAGGAAGACCCAUGGUCGUCUGCUGCGCAUGUUCGAACAAGAAAACCCGGAACCCCAGAGCAACCCGGAACCCCAGAGCAACCCGGAAUCCCAGAGCAACCCGGAACCCCAGAGCAACCCGGAACCCCAGAGCAACCCGGAACCCCAGAGCAACCCGGAACCCCAGAGCAACCCGGAACCCCAGAGCAACAACAUAUCAAACAACAAUGUCUUAAGUCACCACACAAGACAAGGAAAAGAUAGUGACUUACAAAACAAACACCGUGAGGGGAGUCAUGGGAAAAUGAGUGACAUAGUGAAGAAGGUAGGAAGGAGAAGAAAGCAUUUCAAAAUGGAACCCGAUGUGGAUGGACAAGCGGUAAUCAGUGGAACUGACAAGAGUUUCAGAUGCAAAUACUGUGGGAAGGGCUUUGGCCGUGAGUUUGGUCUUUCUGUGCACAUGAGGUCUCAUAAAAAGGUGAAAAUCAAGGGGACAUACAAAUGUCCUAAGUGUCCCAAAAAGUUUCAGUACCCAAGUGCUCUUAGUGUGCACACGCGGGACAUCCACGAGAAGAGCAUACCUUGCUCCAGUGUCAAAGAAAUUUCAGACUCAGUCAAGCACAAUGUGAAACCCCUCUCCCCCAGCAGAGCCAAGCCUACUUCCUGUGACAACAAACCUCUCUCUGCCAGCAAGGCUCAACCUCUCUCCCCGAAAGACAAACCUGUGUCCCCAAACAAUAAAGCUGACACACCCAAAGAAAGCGGCACACAUCCAAAAGUGUAUUCUUGUUACGUUUGCCAUAAGAAAUACACUUCUGCACAUUCCCUGCGGGACCAUGGGCGUAUUCACACAGGUGAGAGGCCAUACCCUUGUAACCAGUGUGGACAGAGGUUCCGUGUAAAGCAGUUCCUGAUAUUACACUUGCGUAAAGCCCAUGUGGAUGUGUACGGGGGUGAGGAGAGCAGCGGAGACCUCUCCUGGACUGCACCUAUUGAGGAACCCAUGGCAAACGGUGCAGAGCAGCAACCUGCCAUCAAGUCAAAAGCCAAAGAUGAUCGACGAGUAAACCUCAAACGGAAGCAAAUGACAGAAACAGACGGCCUGUUCCAAUGCACAGUGUGUAAAAUGCUGCUAAAUUCACAGAUUAGCCUCGUUCAACACUUCCGCAUCCAUACAUUUGAGAAACCACUGAGCUGCGAAGUGUGGCAAAACAUUCCGCUACCAUCCCGUCUUGAUCAGCCACUUGAGGUCCACCCACCCGGGAAAGAAGUACUGGUGCCUGAAGUGUGUGAAGCAAUUAGAGACAAUGGCAGAACUUAAGACAUUUGCAACAAGUUCACCAGUUCAAGAAACAGAACCCGUUGUUCUCGCUGUAGCGGGACUUUCCACAACAGUAAUUACCUUUUAGGAUCCACCAUGAAACUGUCCAUGCCUGAGUAUUCAGUAGGGCCGGCGGUCAACUCCAAUUACAUUCAGGAGAUACAUUUUUUACAUUUUUGUAAUCAUUGACUGAGGAAAAAGGAAUUGACCCCAACCCUGGUGCCCUGUGAACUAACAUGAGGAUGAAGAAAGAGAACUCAACUUGAUAUGGUGAUCAGUCAGUUGUCUUGUGGGCAGCAGGUUCUCAGCUGAUCACUUUUUUAAAGUCCGUGCCAGACUGGUUUAUGACGAUUUUUAUUUUAAAAGUUUUUGUUUGAUGUUUUCUGUUUUUGUUCCAUGUAAAUGUGUCUUGAUUUAUAUUCUGUAUUAUGACAAAUGUAACAUGAAUUGUACUGUAUAUUCCCCCUGUUAAGAAAGUCACAGGGCAGAGAAGACCCAUCUCUUCUGAUAAUAUACAUUUGCUCCAACUGCUUUUUUAAAAAACAAAUAAAAUCGGACAUUACCGGA